AUGAUCGAGAUCGACAUUUGCGGUUUUCUUCUCACUCCCGUCCAAAAGAUAUGCAAAUACCCGCUGCAACUCAGCGAGUUGCUGAAAAGCUUACCGCCUGCUGACAAAAACUACGAUGUUGUGGCCAAAGCCAAACACAAGAUGGAACAAAUCGCACUGCUUAUAAAUGAACGGAAGAGACGAUUCGAGGAACAAUCAAAGAUCAUAAGGUGGCAAGCGAAUUGUCGUAAAUGGAAAGGCCCUGACAUCAUUCAAAACAGUUCAAUGCUUGUACGCUCAGGAGCGGCGAUCCUAUCAUUCCAGAACAGAAGAGAACAACUUCAUCGCCACGCUUUUCUAUUCAACCAUCAGAUCGUUCUCGUCAAGCAGGAUAGGGCAGACUGUGUGACUCUGCGUGAACGAAUCGACCUCCGUUACGCUCUAGAAGCACCGAGUUCAAAAGGGAUAACGAUGAUCAUUGAGGAUAAUGACGGGCUGGAAACCGCGCAAAUUACUCUUUCAUUCAAACGGGAUCAUCUUAAAUGGGCGACCCUUAUUAACGCGGAGAUCGUCAACUCGCGUAAAGCUCGAGCGACCCCGAAUUUUCAUCUUAUAGACAAGGAUCGCCCAAGGUCUACCGUAAUGCGGGAAUGGAAGAACCGAGACUCGCUAAAGCAAAAUUGGAAAAGAACCUCUCUGAGCAACUUCGUCAAAGGGCUUUCAUCAUUUGACUCCGCGCAGCUUGACGAGGAUCCACAAAUAACCUAA